GCGGAGGCUUUAUUAGCUGAUGAGGGGUGGAGCAAGGCUCCGCAGGCAGGCAAGGAGCCACGCCGAGACACGGCAUCGACCGAGCGGGGUCUCGCUCUCCCGCCCGGCACGUCCCCCAGCACCCUGACCCACCGGCGAUGCGGCCCCGGCCCCGCUCCUCCUCCUCCUCGCCGUGUCCCUGAGGGGCGUCCGAGCCGCUCGCCCCCCGCCGCAGCCCCGAACUCGCCCACGGCGCAGCCAGGAAGGCGGUGAUGGAGCAAGCUAUUGCACAAAAUGGAUCACAUGAGUUUCUCUGAGAAGCCCAUGAAGCCCUGCUGUCAGCUCCAGACAUGGUAUAAAUCACAGAGACAUCCCAACGGGUAUAAAUUCUUCGGCUGACUAAGCUGCAGCAACGGGGAAAAUUCUCAGCCUGGCAAGAGCAGAGAUUUGGAUCCCAGGCAGCAAACAGCGUUAACCCUCAGCUAAAGCAUUAGCUGAACCAUGACCGAAGAGCCCAGGCGGAAGGACAGCGAGAUCAGACACCCCAACUCCACCAUGGGCUGCGGACACAAGGAUGAUAAAGCCAGCCUGGCUUCGAGCCAGAUAGCGUCUUUCAGCCACCAGCCUCAUCAGCCCCUCUCCACUCCUGCCUCCAAGGAAGUGUGGAAAAAGGGCGGCCGCAUGUUCUCCAUCCUGCUGGCUGUGCACUUAGCCCUGCUGGCCUGCACGCUGGUGAGCAGCGGGGCUUUUGAGAAGAUUGCCGUGCACGAUUACGAUGUCUUCUUCCUGCUGACCGUCAUGAUGCUGAUAGUCAUCAUAUGGAUCAUCUUCUACCUCGUCGGCACCUCCCGAGGCCCGGAUGCCAUCCUCUGCAAAGAUUCCCACGCUGGGCCCAUCUGGCUGAGAGGAGGCCUGAUCCUAUUUGCCAUUUUCAGCCUUGUCAUGGAUGUGUUCAAAAUAGGAUAUUACUCAAGCUUCUACAGCUGCCUGUCUGCGAUCAAAAUAAUCUACCCCAUUGUGCAAGCAAUAUUCGUGGUUAUCCAGACAUACUUCCUGUGGAUCUCUGCCAAAGACUGCGUCCACGUACACCUGAACGUUACCAGGUGCGGCUUGAUGCUAACGCUGACUACAAACUUAGCAGUGUGGAUGUCAGCAGUGACAGAUGAGUCCGUUCACAAAGCGCAUUCAAAGUUGAAGAAGAACAUGACAGAGGAAAUCUUCAGAUGGAUCCUGAAAGCGGGAAUGAGAAGUAGCUCAGCCGAAGAAUGCAAUUGCAACAGCCAGAUCUGCCAGAUCUUCAAGAACGGCUACUUUUGGCUGUACCCCUUUAACAUUGAGUACAGUCUCUUUGCCUCUGCCAUGGUCUACGUCAUGUGGAAGAAUGUUGGACGCAUCAUAGACCACCACUCCCACCACAUUCAUCACCUGAAGUUCAGGCUCUUCCGAAGGACCUUCUUUGUAGGCAUCAUGUUGGGCCUCAUCAUUCUGGUGAGUGGUUUGGGAGUCCUUAUAGUUUAUGAGGUGCAGGUAAAUUCCAGCACUGAAUCCAGCAAGAAGAGCCAAGCACUCACCAUGUACUACAUCUUCAACAUUGUUUGUCUGGGCCUGAUGUCUCUUGUCUGCAUCGGUGGCUCAGUCAUCUACCGGUUUGACAAGAGAGACAUGGAUCGGCACAAGAACCCAACCAGGACCCUGGACGUGGCCCUGCUGAUGGGUGCAGCCUUGGGGCAGUACGCUAUUUCUUACUACUCCAUUGUGGCCAUUGUAGCCAGCACACCAAGGGACGCUAUCAGCGCUCUCAACCUCACCUAUGCUCUCCUAAUGAUUGCUCAGCACACCUUCCAGAACAUCUUCAUUAUUGAAGGCCUUCAUCGGCAACCCCCCAAGGAAGACCACAAGCAUGAUUCUCACCAGAAGGAUCUCUACGGACUCACCUUUGUCAACAUCAACGCAGUGUCCCUCCGUGUGCCCGACAGCGGCAGCACCUUGGCCCCUAGCACUGCCUCUGGCACUGAAGCCAUCCAUCCUUCCGAGCUCGUGCGGUCCCUCACCGCCCCCAAGAAGAUGAACUGGAGGAGGAAGUUCUUAAGGGAGAUCUCCAUGUUCCUCCUGCUGAGCAAUAUCAUACUCUGGAUCAUGCCAGCUUUUGGUGCCCGGCCCCAGUUUGAUAAUGACACAGAACUGAAUUUUUAUGGUGAUUCCAUGUGGCCGGCCAUCGUGGACAUUUGCCUGCCCUUUGGGAUCUUCUACCGAAUGCAUGCAGUGGCCAGUUUGCUGGAGGUCUACAUCAUGUCCUAAAGAGCUUUCUCACAAGGAAGAUGAGAUUCUCUUCAACCAAUCCACCUUCUUCCUACCCCAGGGCUGGGAGACUGCCCAGAUGUCCCGAGGGGUCCCCAGCACUGCCUGAAUCAUGUCCCCUUGCAGUGUCGGGGCAUUUAUGAACCGUCAGUGAAGAUCA